CAACAUCUUAAAACACAUUUCUCUCCAAAGAACACCAACAAAAUACAUACUUCAAUUCACAUUCCAGUAACGCACGAGUAUACCCUUAAUAUCCUCUAUCAUAUAAUUAUAAUACCGAUCAUACAAAUGGCUUCAAAACAAGUGAAUUAUAUUAGUCUAGAAACCAUGAUGAUGACGAGUAAGGAAGAUCACACUCAAAUGAGAGCCUUUGUGACAUUUUUGGCCGGCGACGGCGACUAUGUCAAGGGAGUUGUAGGGCUUGCUAAGGGCUUAAGGAAAGCCAAAAGCCGGUAUCCCCUCGUGGUGGCGGUUUUGCCCGACGUGCCCGAGGAACACCGUAACAUAUUGGUGUCACAAGGUUGUGUUGUUCGUGAAAUUGAGCCGGUUUAUCCACCGGAAAACCAGACUCAGUUUGCAAUGGCUUAUUAUGUCAUUAACUACUCCAAGCUAAGGAUUUGGGAGUUUGUGGAGUUUAGCAAAAUGAUAUACUUGGAUGGUGAUAUCCAACUAUUUGACAACAUUGACCACCUCUUUGACUUACCUGAUGGAAAUUUGUAUGCUGUGAUGGACUGCUUUUGUGAGAAGACUUGGAGCCACACUCCUCAAUUUCAGAUUGGGUAUUGCCAACAAAGCCCAAAUAAAGUCCAAUGGGCCGAAGAACAGUUGGGCCCAAGGCCUUCUCUAUAUUUCAAUGCAGGCAUGUUUGUAUUUGAGCCCAAAAUGUCCAUUUAUCAUGAUCUUCUCAACAACCUCAAACUCACCCAACCCACCCCUUUUGCUGAACAGGACUUUUUGAACAUGUACUUCAAGGACAUCUACAAGCCCAUCCCACCAAUUUACAACCUCGUCUUAGCGAUGUUAUGGCGUCACCCUGAAAACAUCGAGCUUAACAAGGCAAAAGUCGUACACUAUUGUGCUGCAGGAUCAAAACCAUGGAGGUAUACAGGAAUGGAAGCAAACAUGGAGAGAGAAGACAUUAAAAUACUAGUUAAAAAAUGGUGGGAGAUUUAUGAUGAUGAAUCUCUUGAUUAUAAGCCAGAGGAAGCAAGGCUACAACUUUUGAAGGCAGCAUUAUCUGAAUUUAGCAAUGAUUAUUAUAUGUUAGCACCAUCUGCUGCUUAAUUAAAGAGAUUAAUCACUCCAUUUACAUAAUUAUGAACCUAAUUAAUUAUGUAUCAUAUAAUAUGGAUUAUUAGAGUUAUGUUUUUGUGUUUUUUUAUUGUAUAAUACUAGUAAGAAUUACGGUCUCAUCUGAAAUAUUUUAACAGAUAGACGUAAUUGAUAGACUAUUAUUACUCUGUAGUAUAGAUUGAUAUUGUAUAAUACUAUUGGCUUCGUUCUUAAAUUGAUUGAUUGUACAACUUUUGGACGGGCAAUCUUUAUUAAUGUCCUGUUCAAUUUUUGUAGAAUAAUGAGGUAGUUAUGUUUACAAAC